UAGUUUGUUUUUUUUUUUUCUAAAUGCCGUGAUUUAGCUUUAAGGAGAGGUCUAGGAAAAGAGAACGCCAACCCCCUUUUAAAAUUCCCGCCUUAGGAUUGGGUUACAAACUGUGACUAGAAAGAGUACCUCAGGUCUUUUGUUCCUUAUUGGCUAAAGCUGCAUCAAUCACUUUUCUGAUUCUUAGCUUUGUAAAAUAACGAGUUGCCUUUCCGGGAAAUGGUUGUCCAAGUUUAAUUUGAAGCUUUUUGAGUAUAUAAAGAAGUAUAAAAUAAUAAAACAGUAAUUAAAGUGGCUUGGAAAGCUGUAAAUAGACAGCUGUGCAAUUUACCUCGCAGCGAAGUGGAGCAGCUUCUCCGAAUCCAGUAAUUACAAUAUAAGGGUUUUUGGUGCAGUAUAAUGAUAUUGCUGAUAUCUCAAUAAAGAAGAAGCUCUCACACUUGGAGAAGAUUGAUUCCAUGACCAGAAGACAGAUAACAGAAAAUGCAAGAGGAUCAAGAAAUUCAAAUUUCCAGUCACCUAACUGAAACCAAUGAUGCUCUCCACACAAGACCUAGACAGAUUCAAAAUGAACUGCCUAAUAACCUAUUACAACCUCCUAAACAGAAACUUCUGGAGUGUGAACAAAAAGCAAAGUUUCAUUCCAGCAUUCACCAAUAUAAACAAGCUAUAAAAGAGCUGGUGCGCAGUGUGGCACUCACGAGAAUUUGUUAUGGAGACCAUCAUUGGAAACUAGCAGAAGCCCAUGUUAAUUUGGCUCGAGGAUACUUACAGCUGAAAGGACUAUCAUUGCAAGCAAAACAACAUGCAGAAAAAGCCAGAGAAAUUCUCCUCACCAAUUCAUUUUUGCCUUCUUCUGAAGAAAGCAUAGAUGUUUUCAGGUGUUCAAUUGACCUUUUUCAUACUUUGGGGAGAGCUCUUACUGCACUUCAGAAAUUAAAAGAAGCUUCACAAAAUUUAACAAAAGCUGAGAGACUUUCAAAGGAGCUGUUGGAUCAUGGAAAACUUUUAAAGGAAGAAUGGAUAGAAAUUCAAGCCAGGAUCAAAUUGGCUUUUGCACAGCUCUACCAGAUCCAAAAGAAAUCAGAAGAGGCUCUGCCCUACUAUGAAGAAUCUCUGAAAUACAUUGAGAGUAGUAAAGGUGAAAAGAGUCAAGACUGUAUCCCAGUGUUGAAGGAGAUGGCAGAUGUGGAACAGGCCCUGGGAAAUUAUAACUCAGCUAUUGAUCAUCUUGUACAGGCACAUCACAUCACCCAGAAUCAAAAUCCUUCCGUAGAAGAAGCAGCAGACUCAGCACUCUCAGUUGCCCAUGCUGCCAUUGCCUCUUCAAGACCUGAGCACAAUGAUGUGGCAGAGCAAUAUUUUCAAGAGAGUAUGACUAUACUUAAGAAAGCCAGAGGAAUAGCCAAUGACAAAUUUUUUGCAAUUCAAGAUGAAUUUUGCCAUUUUCUUCGUACUACUGGUAAGCUAAAGAGAGCAGCUCAAAUACUAAAGGAAUCCCUAGAUGCCAAAGUAGCAACAUUUGGGGAUGUCAGUCCUGAAGUGGCAGGGACUUACUGUCUCCUUGGAGAAGCAGAUCUGGCACAUGGAGACCAGAACAUGGCAUACAGGAAAUUUAAGAAGUGUCUUCAGAUUCAGACUCUGUUAUAUGGAUCUCAAGACAAAAGGACAACAGCCACCCAGCAGACUCUUGACUCAUUAUCAAAGACUCCAGAGGGUACGGCAAGACAGAAACAAUCUAAUAAACCAAGACCACCAUUUUGUGCUGUUGUUCCACAACACACUAUAUUGGGAGGGACUAAGACAAAUAUAUAUGACUGAUAUUUCUUACCUUCCCCAGUGUGAUUUGAUUUUGGCCAUACAACCAAGUGUUUAUGUUAUAGGUGCCAUGUGCACACUCUCCAACUAGAAGAGUGACUAGUACAAUAUAAUACAAUGCCCAUUUAUUAAGUGCCUACUAUGUGUAUAGCACUGUACAGCAAGAGUGCUUUAAGAAUAGUCUCAUUGUUAUAACAUGUACUGACAGGAACUAGUGAUGUAGUGAAUUGCCCAGGGGUCAUGUUUUUACAAUUGACUAUCUUAGGAUAGCUUGAUGUUUUUAUAAAAGAUUUGGAACCACUUCAGAGUUUUUGUUUUUUGUUUUUUCUGAGAUAAAUUCUUUCGACCCAAUCCUUUCAACAUUCAAAACUGCCAAAGUAAUAAAAUAAAAUGUUUUGAGCUUUAAGCUAUAGCCAUUUAUGUGCUUUAUCUGAUUGAACACAUUAGUUUCUUGUACAGGUUUGGAGUUGGGUUUGGAACAAUAAAAUCCACUAAAAAGCUUUUUUACAGGAAGGCAGCAGUGACUGAGAAUGAAAUGCUAAUAAAAAAAAGAAAGAACUUGAAAACUACCACUGUA